CACCAACCACCCCCCCCCCCAAAAAAAAAAGAUAACAAGUUGUGAUUUGGAAGAAAAUGACCAGCAAAACAGUCGACUGUUUUUAUCACUUGGUCUUAAAAGUUGCUUUGGUCCAGAUCCUCACUGUCCAGCAGACCUCAGCUGCACCGACCCGCAUCGUUGCCUUUCCAGGCGAUAGCACCCCGAGGAGUGAGGAGGAACUUGCUGCUAUUUACCUGAACAAGUACUAUGGCUGCCCUGAAACACAGUGUGACCUGGCGACUCUGUCAGCCACCCUGAAAAAGAUGCAGAAGUUCUUCGGAAUCCCGCAAACUGGGAAGUUGGACAGUGAGACUGUGGAUCUGAUGAAACAGCCCCGCUGUGGGGUUCCUGACUUGGCCAAUUACAACUUCUUCCCCCGAAAACCCAAGUGGGAGAAUAAUGCUGUGACUUACAGGAUUUUGGGAUAUACUCACGACCUGGACUCCGAGACUGUGGAUGAUGCCUUUGCUCGUGCUUUUGGGGUGUGGAGUAGCGUUACACCAUUGAAAUUUACGAGGCUCUUUGAUGGAGAGGCAGAUAUCAUGAUCAACUUUGGACGCCUGGAACAUGGAGAUGGAUAUCCAUUUGAUGGGAAGGAUGGACUGCUAGCACAUGCAUUUGCCCCAGGGAAGGGCAUCGGAGGUGAUUCUCAUUUUGAUGAUGAUGAGUUCUGGACACUGGGUGAAGGACAAGUGAUUAAGGCAAGGUUUGGGAAUGCGGAUGGUGAAUUUUGCAAAUUUCCAUUUUUCUUUAAUGGGAAGGAGUUCACAACCUGCACAACUGAAGGUCGUGAUGAUGGAUUCUUUUGGUGUUCCACAACAUACAAUUUUGAUGUUGAUUCAAAAUAUGGAUUUUGCCCCCAUGAAUCACUCUUUACGAUGGGAGGAAACGCAGACGGAGCACCAUGCAAGUUCCCUUUUACAUUUGAAAGCAACCAAUACGAGAGUUGCACAACAGAUGGGAGAUCAGAUGGCUAUCGAUGGUGUGGCACAACCAGUAACUAUGAUGCAGAUACAAAGUAUGGUUUCUGUCCAGAGCAAGCCAUGUCAACAAUUGGAGGAAAUUCCAAUGGCCUUCCUUGUUUCUUUCCUUUCACCUUCCUUGGUGACCCGUAUCAAUCCUGCACCACUAGUGGCCGCAAUGAUGGCAGGCUGUGGUGCUCCACGACUGGAAACUAUGAUGAAGAUAGUAUGGGGAUUCUGCCCGAUCAGGGUUACAGUCUUUUCCUUGUUGCUGCCCACGAGUUUGGCCAUGCACUGGGCUUGGAGCAUUCCCAGGACCCAGGAGCUCUGAUGGCCCCCAUUUACACCUACAGCAAACACUUCAGACUCCCGCAGGAUGAUAUUCUUGGAAUUCAGGAACUUUACGGAAUACCAACCGAUAGACCCUUGCCACCAACACAAGGUCCUGUCACUCCUACCGACAUUUGUAAGGAAGAUAUUGUCUUUGACUCUGUGGCACAAAUCAGAGGGGAAAUUUUCUUCUUUAAAAAUCGAUUCUUGUGGAGGACGACAGCCACUUACACCCAACCCACAGGACCUAUGCUUGUUGCUGUUUACUGGAGUGAUCUGCCUGAAACAUUUGAUGCUGCCUAUCAGGAGCCUGUAGAUGAGAAGGCUGUCUUCUUUGCAGGUGAUCAAUACUGGGUGUAUAGAGCUGUUGAUCUAGAGAGCGGUUACCCCAAAAAGCUCUCUGCACUUGGGCUCCCAGCUGACUUGCCACGUGUUGAUGCAGCAUUUAACUGGAAGAAAAACAAAAAGACUUACAUCUUUGCUGGUGACAAGUUUUGGAGAUAUAAUGAAAUAAAGAAGAAAAUGGAUCCCGGAUUCCCUAAGUUAAUUGCAGAUUCCUGGAAUGGUAUCCCGGACAACCUAAAUGCCACUCUUGAGUCCUUUGGAGAUGGACAUAGCUACUUUUUCAAGGAUUGGUACUAUCUCAAAAUGGAAGAUGAAAGCUUGAAGAUUGUUAAAGUAGGGAGUGUCAAAACUGACUGGCUCGGUUGUUAAGUUAUACACGUUAUGUAUAAUUGAUCUUUUUCUUUCCCUCCAAAUAUCACACUGUAACUUAUUGUUUAAAAGGGCAAUUUUCGCAUAUGUCUUAUUGUCGAAGUUCGAGCUUGCAAUCUUAAACCAUCCCAGAAAACAACAGUAUUAUACCCAGCUUUGCAAGCUUAACUGAUAGUUUUAAGUCAGUGUUUUCAUUAUUGUGUGAGAACUACGGUAAAAGUGCUAAAGGCACAGGAUGCCUGCAGUAUUGAUUUUGUGUCGCAUGAUGAAACCAGGUUGAAAAAAACUGUUAUUUAAUAACUGAAAAUGCUUUCUUCAGCAGUAUAAUUCUGAUUAUCAAAGACAAUAUUCAUUAUAAAUAUCUUCAAAUAUUUUUUUCUCUCUCUAAAGAAAAUUGCAGGAAAUGCUUUAAGCAAAUUUCUGCAAAUCAAAAUUGUGUUAGUGAAACAUAAUACAGUAACAGCAGUACAGUAACAAGGCAAGGGAAGAGUCAGCCAACUACCUAAAGCAGAGCAUAAGUGCUUUUCUCAAAGGCAUAAGAUGGAUACCAGCCGUGGACUAUAAUAUUACUUUACAACAGUUCUUGGUCAUUUUGCUUAUAUACAAAUCGCAUCAGCUGCUGAUGUACUUUCCGAACAAUGAAUCUUUGUAUUUCUACUGUUUUCUAUUCUGUAAAGUUUUUUUUUAAAUAAUUUACUCAAAGGAGAUUCGGUAGUGUUGAAAUCUGAUUAUGAAAUUGGCAAUGCAUAUGAAAUUCUUGUAUUUCAAUUUCUUGUUUUUUUUAUAGUGUUCAAGCAAGCUGCAACGAGAUUGUGGUAUUUUGGCAAUUAUUUGCAAUUUUGAUACGCAAUAAAGUUGUCUUUAAAA